AUGGAGCCGAGACGCUGGCGCCCCAUAUUCUACAACCCUUUUACGGAAAGUGUACGACGUAGCAAAUACAAACCUCUGUAUCGCGGUCUUUUCCGAGUCCUCCCGCUUCACGUCUGGGGGUUCUCUGAUAUUUGCAAGAUUCUUGGCUACGCAGCCCAUAAACCAUCGCUUUUUGGGUUUCCUGACGAGCCUACGUGCAUUGUUAACACCGCGUACUUUUUACCCUCUCAUCGUAGUUUGAACCGCGGCGUCUUCGCCUUUGGAUUGGAGAGGGGAUGUAAGAGUAUUAUCAUCCCUGCCUCAUGCAGUGGCGAUCCGUUUGACGCCUUGGAUGUGAAGCUAGUCGAGCCGCUCUUUCGUUGGAACCCGGGGGUGAAGUACCUUUAUCUAUCGCAGCAUUGUCAGCCCAUGGCAGCACAUUUGGUACCGCAUCUUGCAAAAUGCCACCAACUGAAAGAAAUCACCCUUGAAGGUUGGAAUGAUGCUGUAGCGAUUCAUCGUGUUGCGAUGGCAUGUAAGCAAGUCGACGUCCUCGAAACGUUCAGCCUGGACGACCCGCCACGUAAUUGGCAGAAUGAGCUCUCCGUUCAAGCCCUCACCACGCUGAUUGAGAUGCACCCUAAGCUACGCUCGGUUAUGUCGCACCGGCUCUUUCUCAGCGACUGGCAACUUGCCACGCAGUUCUCUCGUUGUAAGCACAACAUCGCCCUCGUAGUCUUCUCGUGCGAUUAUGUGCUGUUUCACUAUUUUUUCUUCCUUGCGUUGCUUUGUCUGCCGGCAUAUGCCGGCUAUCGAAUCGUGCGUCAUUGGUGUGAUGGUCGUCUAAGCGAGAAUUAUACCCACUUUUGGUCUGUCUUAGCAUUUGCAUUUACAUUGGUCGGCUUGGUUGCUUUGGACACGUUCAUGCGGAGAUCCUGGGGGUGGGGCUGGGUACACCUGCAGAAGUACGUUAUCUUAACCAGACGACGAAUGGAUCUCCUUAGGAGCUCUCGCCAAACCGCCCUUGUAAAGUUGUGA